UAAGACGACUGUGCAACUGGAACGCCAAUGUACAGUGGGUGGGGGUAGUACUGAUUUGUUGACAUUGCGUAAUUACCGGCGUGUGAUAUGUGUGGAUUGUACUAGCUGCACAGUAGUAUCUCUUAAGUCUUCAAGGACAAGGUAAUUGACAGGACACGGGAAAAACAUGCUGCGUUUCAUAGUACCAAACAUCAGUAAGCUAGUUUUCCAGCAGUACGGAUGUACUGCAGCGUUUUCAUCUGCUGCUUCAUCCAAGACCAUUGCUGUGGUCUUGUCUGGUUGUGGUGUCUAUGAUGGCUCAGAAAUCCAUGAAGCAACUGCUGUACUGGCCCAUAUUACAAGGAAAGGGGCUGAACCUGUCAUGUAUGCUCCUGAUGUAAAGCAGAUGCAUGUCAUUGACCAUCAGAAGGGGUCUCCAGUUGAUGGAGAGAACAGGAGUGUUCUGAGUGAAUCGGCCAGAAUUGCCCGUGGCCCUGUUAAGCCAUUGUCAGAACUUACUGUAGAUUCUGCAUCAGCUGUAGUCUUCCCUGGUGGAUUUGGUGCAGCAAAGAACUUAUGUGAUUUUGCUGUGAAAGGAGCAGAUUGCAGUGUAAAUCCAGAUGUGGCAAGAGUACUUCAGGAUUUCCACAAGGCAAAGAAGCCAAUUGCUUUGUGCUGCAUAGCUCCUGUCCUUGCUGCAAAAGUUCUGAAAGGUGUUACAGUAACAUUAGGAAAACAAGAUGACGGCAAGGGCAGCUGGCCACAUGCUGGAGCAAUUGAUGCUGCAAAGGCAAUGGGUGCCAAUAUCGAAUUUAAGAAUGUUACUGAUGCCUGUGUUGAUGAGAAGAAUUUGAUAGUAACAACGCCUGCUUUUAUGUACAAUGGAAAAUUCCAUGAAAUACAUGAUGGAAUUGGUGUCAUGAUUCAAAAGUUACUGUCAUUAAUUAAGAAGUGAAUGGUAUCCUCAAAUCUAAAACAUUGAAUGUAAUGUUACGUAAUAAUUUUGCUCGUGAAAUUAUUGUGGUGAUAUGUGUAGUGUCAAGACUGUUUUUGUAUUUUGUACUGAGAGGUGUGCGAGGUAUGGCACUGAUUCUUUUGUAAUCCACUAAUAAGUCCUGCAACACCUUGGUGCUCAUUCCAAUAAACAAUCUAAUGAGAAAAACAA